AAGCCUGGGGACUGGAUUGAGGGAGUCGGAGGCGCAAAGGCUGGACAUUUUGUCUUGCCUGAGGUCACCACAUUGCUCCUGGUGGGCCCUAGAGGUUCUGUCAAGAGCACACUUGUAAACCGAAUUACUAGGGUCUUUGACAAGGAUGAUGAUCCUUUUGCACCAGAUCGAGCACAGGUGUCAUGCAAUUCACAAUCAAAUGGUACAAUGUUUCUUCGCGAGUAUCCAAUUCCAAGGAAUUCAAGUGCCGUAUGUAUUUACGAUACACGUGGCUGGUCAAACGACCUAGAGAAAAAUUUCAAAAUGCUGCAUCAGUGGAUGACAAAAGGAAUAAGCCAUGGGGAGACAACAAUGUGGGAUGAUGAUGAAGGCAAUAAGAUAGGGAACAUGAAACCAUUGGGGCGGCAAUACAGUUUUCUUCGUUACAAAAUCUGGAAGGUCAAUUUCGUGAUAUUUGUUGUUGAUGGUGUUGCUGUCCUCGAGUCAAUGGAUGACAGCAAUAAAGGAUACACUGAGAUACUUCGUCAAACUUUUAUGUAUCCGUUCUUGUCGAUUGGAGAUGAUAAACCUGUUGUUGUUGUCACACAUGGUGAUAGACUGUCGAUACAGCAACGUGUUCACGUUCAAGCUGAGUUAGCAGAGCUACUAGAUAUUCCUGUCCAGCAAAUUUAUGAUAUACUAGUCAGCGUGAGCGAGGUCGAGGCAUUGUACAAGCUGUUCAAGAAGAUCAACAACGCCUUCGUCGAUGAUGGGUUGAUUAACAAGUGUGGAUGGUCUUAUUAG